GUCUUUCGGGCAAUAUAAAUAUAACAAAUACAGAGUCUUUGAAUUUCAUAGCUAAAUCAAGAAAUAUUAACUCCGAAAUUAAAAGAAAGAUAAGAUGACGGAAACAACUUUAUUGUACGCAUUUCUCGCUGUUAUUUUCCUCGUAGCAGCUCUAAAACGCCUCCCAUGGAGGAGACAUCAAAACCUUCCUCCAACUCCAUACCCGAAACUCCCCAUCCUAGGCCACCUACAUCUCCUUAAACAGCCGCUGCACCGCAGCCUGCAAAAGAUCUCUCUCAAAUACGGCCCAAUCGUCACCCUCCAGCUCGGCGUCCGCCGUGUCGUCGUGGUGUCUUCACCGGCGGCGGUGGAAGAAUGUUUCACCAAAAACGACGUCGUUUUAGCCAACCGCCCCCGCAUCAUGGUUGGGAAAUACAUCGGCUACAACUACACCGUCUUGACGGCCGCGCCCUACGGCGACCACUGGCGGAACCUCCGCCGCAUCUGCUCACUGGAGCUCUUCUCCGCCACUCGGCUCAACGCGUUUAAAUCGAUCCGGCAGGACGAAGUUCGGAUUCUAUUGCAGAAAUUGCUCCAAGUCUCGAGUCAAGGGUUUGAAGCAGUUGAACUGAGGCCGAAAUUCUCCCAGCUGUCCUUCAACGUGAUUUUGAGGAUGGUCGCCGGGAAACGAUACUACGGCGUGGAGGAGGAGAACAAAGAGGCUAAGGAUUUCAGGGAGAUAAUGAAAGGCGUCUUCAAGUACGGCGGAGCCUCUAAUCCCCUGGAUUUUUUGCCGAUUUUAAGAUGGGUGAAUUACAAGAAUCUGGAGCCGGACUUGAAGAAGCUGGCUGCAAAAUUGGAUUCAUUCUUGCAAGGACUUAUUGAUGAGCACCGUCGGGAUAGGGGCAGGAACUCCAUGAUUAAUCAUCUGCUCUCUUUGCAAGAAUCACAACCAGAGUAUUACACGGAUCAAAUCAUCAAAGGGUUAAUGAUGGUGAUGCUGCUAGCAGGGACAGACACUUCAUCGGUGACGCUGGAGUGGGCAAUAUCCAGUCUGCUUAACCAUCCGAGGCUUCUCCAUAAAGCUAGAUACGAGAUCGAUAAUGUAGUCGGACAACACCGAGCUAUUGAGGAAGAAGACCUACCAAAACUAAACUACCUCCACAGUAUAAUCUUAGAGACAUUCCGGUUGUUUCCUGCCACGCCCUUAUUGUUGCCUCACUACUCGUCCGAAGAUUGUAAAAUCGGGGGAUACGAUAUUCCCCAGGGUACGAUGCUGUUGGUUAACGCAUGGGCCAUCCACAGGGACCCAGAGAUAUGGGAUGACCCCUCAAGCUUUAAACCGGAAAGGUUUGACGGCUUACAUGUAGAGUCAACGAAGCUUUUGCCAUUCGGAAUGGGGAGGAGGUCGUGUCCGGGGUCUGGGCUAGCUCAAAAGGUUGUUGGGUUGGCCUUGGGGUCUUUGAUACAGUGCUUUGAGUGGGAAAGGACUGGGGAAGAGGAUGUUGGUUUCGGGGAAGGGGUUGGCGUCACAGUUUCUAAAGCUGAGCCCCUCGUUGCCAGAUGCAAAGCCCGCGAUUUCACUCACACCAUUUUGUCACAAAAAGCCUAGGCCUGCGGAUAUUGUACAUUGUAUUUGGUUAAGAACGACAUAUGAUUUGGAUUGUGAGUUUACUUGUUAAUUUCAAAAUUAUGUUAUGAAAAAAUAGCAUGUUUGAAACGCCGGAUGUGAUCUAAAAUUAGCAUAUGAAUAAUAUUUAUAUCUGGUGUAUAAUUAAAAUUG